GUAGGAAAAUAUCUGUGUUCUUGUAUCGGGAUCUAACUCACUGUUUGCGGCAAAAUUGACACGAUUUUGAAUUGCCUUAUCAUUGAAUUUUAUCGAUAUCUAUGCUAACCUAUUAAAAAAUUACCAAUAACACCAAGACGUAACCCCUUCAAAAAUCAUAAAAUAUGUUGCAACCUGUGAUGCAUUUAUUAAAACAUAAAAAUAUAAUUUUAGCAAGUGGUUCACCAAGAAGAAAAGAAUUAAUUGAAAAUAUUGGUUUAAAAGUCGCUCUUUGCCCAUCGCUUUUUGAAGAAAAUUUGGAUCCAAAAGCGUUCGAUAAUUUUUCCGAUUUUGUAGAAGAAACAGCCCUCCACAAAGUUUUAGAAGUCGAGAAAAGACUGAAAGAAAAUGGAAAUAAUCCAGAUGUAGUAAUUGGCGCUGAUACUAUGGUCACUCUAGAUGGUAAAAUGUUUGGAAAACCAACUUCUGAGCAAGAAGCUUAUGACAUGUUAAAAAGUUUAUCAGGCAGGAGUCACACUGUGUACACAGGGGUGGUUGUGAAGGCUUUGGAUGAUGUGGUGAAGUUCACCGAAAAGACGGAUGUGGUGUUCGGUGCUCUGGACGAUGAGCAGAUCAAAGGAUACAUUGCAACAGGGGAGCCUAUGGAUAAAGCAGGAGGAUAUGGUAUACAAGGUGUCGGAGGGACAUUUGUAGAGAAGAUUAAUGGAGACUAUUUCACUGUGGUGGGACUACCUUUGUACAGGCUGUGUUCUGUGCUGUAUGAGUUAUUUAAGGAGAACAAAGAAAUACUUACCAUUAAUGCUACUACGUAGGAUCAAAUUGUAAAAAAUCUAAUAGUAAAGAUAUUGAUAAGUCGAUAUAAAUAGUGCCACUUACCUCUCUACGUCCAAAUAGUUUUCACUCCAACUUUUACCAGUGAUUUGAUGGCUUUUUUGACACACAGAAGCCUCUGUAUAUAUACUCAGUAAGAUACAACAUUAUCAUUAUUAUUUAUAAUAAUGUAUUUAAAGAUCAGGUAACACUUCAUCUGAAGUGCAAGUUACUUUUUUUUUUUAAACAUUAAUAUGGUAGAUUCCUUAAUGUAUAUAUAUAGUAUAUUCAAGACAAACUGUUUUUGUUAAGAAAGCAUUUAUUACAAUCGUAUAUUAUAUUUCUGUUUCAUAAAAUGUAUUAUGUAAAAUGAAUAUCAAUGUACAUGUUUCCCAAGGUAAAUGCAUUUUUUAUUUUU